AAUUAUUGCAAUUGCCCGGCAACCAGCAAUUUGUUUGACGCUCUCCUUUCACUUCCCGCCGGAGUAUGCGCCAUUUCCUCUCCGAUCACACGGAAUCGCUGGAGCUUAGUCUAUGGUUGGAUUGAAUCAGUCUGAGGGUGAACAGCGGCGCUGUCUUGUUUUCAUCGCGUCAAAACUGUACCAGAACAACCGAUUCCUAAUUUUUCAGGAGAAACUAAGGAUUCAAGACGUCCGAAAGCGAGGGCAGCGAUUUGACAUUUACUUCGCUGCUUGAAAUUGGGCUGCUGGAGAAGUACUGUAAGAGGUGAAAAUGCUGACAUGCAUAGUUCGUUCUAAGAAACUCGGAGAUGGCUCCUUGACUCAAAUUGAAGAAUCGGACUCCGUCAAUGGACCUGGGAAUAAGCAACAAUCUGUCAAAUCUCUGACAGGUCAGCUCAAAGACAUGGCGUUAAAAGCCUCCGGAUCGUACCGAACUUGCAACCCUUGCGCAGGGCCGAUACCGCAGAGUCGACUCAAGAACUGCAGCUCACAGUCAGAUGCCGACUCAGAGCGGUUCAAGUGGGCUUACAAGCGAUCCGGGAGCUUGAGCUCGACGAAAACGAGAACAUGGGGCAAGGAGAUGGAAGCGAGGCUGAAGGGGAUUUCAAGCGGAGAAGGAACCCCCAAUUCACUGAGUGGGCGCCGAGUUGACCCAGUUGUGUACGUCGAGGAGAGCGAACCAAAGGAGUGGGUGGCGCAGGUGGAACCCGGUGUGUUAAUCACAUUCGUUUCACUUCCUCGAGGAGGGAAUGAUCUGAAACGGAUACGUUUCAGUCGAGACGUAUUCAAUAAAUGGCAAGCUCAAAGAUGGUGGGCAGAGAACUAUGAUAGAGUUAUGGAACUAUACAAUGUUCAGAGGUUCAACCGGCAAGCCUUUCCUCUUCCAACCCCACCAAGAUCCGAGGAUGAGCAAAGCUCAAAAAUAGAAUCUGUGGAACACAGCCCUGUAACACCUCCACUAACUGCAGAACGCUUGCCUCGCAAUCUCCACCGUCCCAUUGGAGCGGGUGUGAGUUAUUCAUCCCCAGAUUCACUUGAAUAUCAGCCAAUGCAGUAUCGGCAGUACCAAGAUUCAGGUCUGACCUCCACUCCUAAACUCUCUAGCAUCAGUGGUGCAAAGACAGAAACAUCUUCCAUUGAUGCAUCCAUGAGAAGCAGUUCAUCAAGGGAUGCAGAUCGUUCAGGAGAACUAUCCAUCAGUAAUGCUAGUGAUCUUGAGUCUGAAUGGGUCGAACAAGACGAGGCAGGGGUUUAUAUUACAAUCAGAGCUUUGCCUGGCGGCAAAAGGGAACUCAGAAGAGUCAGAUUCAGCCGGGAAAAAUUUGGGGAGAUGCAUGCUAGAUUGUGGUGGGAAGAAAAUCGAGCCAGAAUACACGAGCAAUACUUGUAAGAGAAUUAGUGCAAAAAAUCUGGCAACGUGCGCUUUUCUAAAGUCCGAAAGAAGUGGUACUUUUUCAAAAUUUAUGAUCAUUGCCAUACUAGUAAGAAGUCUCCCUUAUAGAGAUCUUUCCAGUGCUGUUAGUGUUGGCAUCCUAUGAUGUUUGGGGGUAUACAUAUACAUGCGAAACCAAGUCGCGUGUAGUUUUCACGAUAUGUGGAUGUUAGAUUUUAAUUUUUUAAUAGCUUUUUUCCCCUCUGUCUUACAUUUUGGUUGAAGAGGCAUUGCCUCUAUGUAUUGUAGUAUGGUGGAUGUAAAACUUUAAUUCCUCAUGUGUCAAUAUCAAUGGAAGAGAUUAAGA